AUGGCGUCUCCGCUGCAGUUUGCCUACCGAACCCAGAAGACCAUCGGUGUCUUUGACGCCGCGCCCGUCUACGAGCCUCUCGCUGGGUUCACCAAGCCUGAGGGCAACCUCCGGUGCUGUGCCUACUCUCCCUGUGGCCGAUACUUCGGCUGGGCCUCCCCCGAGAUCGUCAGCGUCGUCGACGCCUCUACCGGCCAGGAGAUUCUCUCCCUGCCCCUCAUCAACGUCUACGAGCUCGGCUUCUCCCCCCGCGGCAGCUUCGUCAUCACCUGGGAGCGCCCAGGCAAGGACGAGGCUGGCGAUGCGACCAAGAACCUAAAGGUCUGGCGCGUCGUCGAGGAAGGCGUUGAUGCUGCUGACAAGCAGCCGCUGGCUCGGUUUGUCCAGAAGCAGCAGAGUGGGUGGAAUCUUCAGUACACCGCCGACGAGAAGUACUGUGCUCGCCUCGUCACCAACGAGGUCCAGUUCUACGAGAGCCACGACCUCGUCAAGGUGUGGAACAAGCUCCGGGUUGAGGGUGCUUCUAACUACGCCCUCGCUCCCGGCACCCAUAACCAUGCGGUUGCCGUCUUUGUUCCUGAACGCAAGGGUCAACCCGCUGCCGUCAAGGUGUUCAACGUCCCCCUCUUCAACAGCCCCAUCUCCCAGAAGACCUUCUUCAAGGGCGACAAGGUCCAGCUGAAAUGGAACAAGCAGGGCUCCAGCCUUCUGGUCCUUGCCCAAACCGAGGUCGAUCGCUCUGGCAAGAGCUACUAUGGCGAGACCACGCUGUAUCUGCUGAGCACCACUGGCGCAUUCGAUGCCCGUGUCUCCCUGGAUAAGGAGGGCCCGAUCCACGACGUCUCGUGGUCUCCAAACUCGAAAGAGUUUGGUGUCGUUUAUGGCUACAUGCCAGCCAAGGCCACCAUCUUCAACCACCGGGCCGUCGCGACGCACACGUUCCCCCUUGCUCCCCGAAACACCAUCACCUUCUCCCCGACUGGUCGAUUCGUUCUGGUCGCCGGUUUCGGCAACCUUGCUGGCCAGAUCGACAUCUACGAUCUGGAGAAGGACUUCCGCAAGGUCACCACCAUUGAGAGCGGAAACCCCAGCGUGUGCGAGUGGAGCCCUGAUAGCCGCUAUCUCAUGACUGCGACUACCUCGCCGCGACUGCGCGUGGACAACGGCAUUAAGCUGUGGCACGUCAGCGGCGGCAUCAUGUACAACGAAGAUAUGGUCGAGUUGUACCACGUUGUUUGGCGCCCGCAGCCCGCGGACCAGAUUGCCGGUGGUGACCCGCUCACCCCCGUCCCGUCCCCACACGCUUCGGCCGCGACGUACUUGGGCACGGUCAAGACACCCAGCAAGCCGGCGGGUGCCUACCGUCCUCCUGGCGCUCGUGGCCUGGCCACGCCUCUGCACUUCAAGCGCGAGGAUGAGGGCGGCGCUGCCCACCUUGUGAGCAACGGGACCGCCAACAUCGGUCCCAACGGCUUUGGCCGUCAGCGCCGCGCCGUCCCCGGUGCUGACUUUGCUGACGCACCCUCUUCGGGUGGCAGGACUGUCCCUGGGGCCGAGCCUAUUGGCGAUGAAAACUCGUCCAAGGCAAAGAACAAGAAGAAGCGCAACAAGAAGACCAACCAGGGCGAGGGUCGACCCCAGGGCGAGCCCAACGGCGGCGCCAGCCUGGUGCCUCCUCCCCGAGACUUUGGAGCUGGUUCCGGAAGUGAGGGACGCAGCCCCGAGCGACGCGGAGGGCCCGGUGGUAACAACAACAUCCACCACAGGAGCCAGUCCCGAAACAACGGUGGCCGCAGCCGCAGCAACACCCACCGUGGAAACGGAAAUGGCAACGGCAACUUUGCCCCUCAGCAGGGUGGUUCCAAUGCCCCUGGUGCCGAUGCUUCGCAGAACCCCGACGCGAAGAAGAUCCGCAGCCUCCAGAAGAAGGUCCGCGCCAUCGAAGACUUGGAGAUGCGUCUGGCUGGCGGCGAGAAGCUGGAAGACACUCAACUUAAGAAGAUCAACACCAAGUCUUCCGUGCUUAAGGAGCUGGAUCAGUUGGAGAAGGAGAACUGA